AGCUAGCGUGGCCUACUCUUGGCAUCCUAUUUCAAGAUAGAGGUCUCACCACCCUCUCCCUUCAUUCCUCAUAUAUAUCACAGCAUCUUCCCACAGGGAUUCACAAGAGAGGAAGAUUAAUUAAUCAAGAGGGAGUAUAUGAUGCAAUCUUACAAGGAGAAGAUAAGCAACAUGGCCAGCGUGGCCAAGGAGCACAUCACCAUCUGCAAGGCCAGAGCUCAGGAGAAGGCAGAGAAAGCAAUGGCGAGGACAAAGGAGGAGAAAGAGAUAGCCAAGGAGCGUAGGAAGGCCAAAGAGGCUCAAGCCAAGAUGCAGUUGCAUGCAGAGAAGGCGGAGCACGCCGCCCGCAAACUCAACGCCAAGCACUCACAUCUUCACACGACUCACACCCACCAAGGCUACAAUCAGCCUGCUGCUGGGGCCACAGCUCCGAUGUACCCUCAGCCUCAGCCUGUUGUUGGAGCCACUACCGCCCCAACCUAUCCUCCUUCAACGCAUCCUCCUCCAGAGGCCAAGUAUUUCUAGAGUUUAAUUGAGGUUUGAGAUCAUGUGUAUCAGUAUAUGUGAAGUGGAGUAGGUGUACUCUGAGCCAACUAACUUAUGGUUAAAUCUCUGUAUUCCGUGUGCA